UGAUUGAUUGAUUUUAAGGUGCUGGUUGAGUUGGUGAAUGAUGAGAACGUGGCGAUGGUUCUGGACGAGCUGAAGAGGAAUACUGUAACUGACUCACAAACGGAGGACUCACAGACGGCUUAGCAACGCUAUAAGAAUAGGUCCACACCCACACACCACCGUAACGACGUCAACUACGGAGACCCUCACAGACUGCUAAAAACGCUAAUAGGUACCCACACCACACCACAGUACCUGACGUCAACAACGGAAGACCUCACCGACUGCCUAUCACCCGCUAUAGUUACACACACACACAACCACAGUCACGUGACUUCCACACGGAUCACAAGCUGAUAUCAACGCUAUAGGUACACACACACACACACCACAGUACUGACGUCAACACGGAGACCUCACAGACUGCUAUCAACGCUAUAGGUACACACACACACACACCACAGUACUGACGUCAACACGGAGACCUCACAGACUGCUAUCAACGCUAUAGGUACACACACACACACCACAGUACUGACGUCAACACGGAGACCUCACAGACUGCUAUCAACGCUAUAGGUACACACACACACACACCACAGUAGGUUGAGCAACACCUAACUAGAACUGCAUCACGCUAAUAGGUACCAUCACACACAUGCAAGUGAUAUGACGGGCAACGGAGACCUCAUGACUGCUAUCCAACUGCUUAUUAGGUCAUGUAACACCACCCAGGGGUAUGGAGGAGUCACACGGAACCUCCAUCUGCGUGUAUUGAGAGCGCUAUGUAAUGGUACACACCACCCGUCUAUUAGUAGACGUCAAACACUGGGAGACCUCACAGAUGCCUCACGCGGUAUAGGUAACCACACCCUCCACAGGUGGUUGGAGGAGGGGCCUUAAUCUAGGGUUGGGAGGAGGGGCUCAUGGUAAUGGCUUUCUCUCUGCAGUGGUAAUUGGGGAGUAGGGGCUCAUGGUAUGGCUCUCUCUCUGCAGGUGGUAUUGGGGAGGAGGGGCUCAUGGUAAUGGCUCUCUCUCUGCAGGUGGUAUUGGGGAGGAGGGGCUCAUGGUAAUGGCUCUCUCUCUGCAGGUGGUAUUGGGAGGAGGGGCUCAUGGUAAUGGCUCUCUCUCUCUGCAGGUGGUAUUGGGAGGAGCUACAGUGACAGGUGUCUGGCCAUCCUCACUGGACUGCUGGGACUGAAGCAAGAACACAUCACCUCUGGUACGUUUACAUGUUAGUCAUUUAGCAGACGCUCUUAUCCAGAGCCACUUACAGGAGCAAUUAGGGUUAAGUGCCUUGCUCAAGGACACAUCGACAGAUUUUUCACCUAGUCGGCUCGGGGAUUACAAGCAGCAACCUUUCGGUUACUGGCACAACGCUCUUAACAACUAAGCUACCUGCUUAGUGGUACACACACACACACACACACACACACACACACACACACUAUACAGUCGUGGUCAAAAGUUUUGAGAAUGACACAAGUAUAGGUCUUCACAAAGUUUGCUGCUUCAGUGUUAUGAGAUAUUUUUGUCAGAUGUUACUAUGGUAUACUGAAGUAUAAUUACAAGCAUUCCAUAAGUGUCAAAGGCUUUUAUUGACAAUUACAUUAAGUUUAUACAAAGCGUCAAUAUUUGCAGUGUUGACCCUUCUUUUUCAAGACCUCUGCAAUCCGCCCUGGCAUGCUGUCAAUUAACUUCUGGGCCACAUCCUGACUGAUGGCAGCCCAUUCUUGCAUAAUCAAUGCUUGGAGUUUGUCAGAAUUUGUGGGUUUUUGGUUGUCCACCCGCCUCUUGAGGUUCGACCACAAGUUCUCAAUGGGAUUAAGGUCUGGGGAGUUUCCUGGCCAUGGUCCCAAAAUGUCAAUGUUUUGUUCCCCGAGCCACUUAGUUAUCACUUUUGCCUUAUGGCAAAGUGCUCCAUCAUGCUGGAAAAGGCAUUGUUCGUCACCAAACUGUUCUUGGAUGGUUGGGAGAAGUUGCUCUCGGAGGAUGUGUUGGUACCAUUCUUUAUUCAUGGCUGUGUUCUUAGGCAAAAUUGUGAGUGAGCCCACUCCCUUGGCUGAGAAGCAACCCCACACAUGAAUGGUCUCAGGAUGCUUUACUGUUGGCAUGACACAGGACUGACGGUAGCGCUCACUUUGUCUUCCCCGGACAAGGUGUUUUUCCGGAUGCCCCCAAACAAUCAGAAAGGGGAUUCAUCAGAUAAAAUGACUUUACCCCAGUCCUCAGCAGUCCAAUCCCUGUACCUUUUGCAGAAUAUCAGUCUGUCCCUGAUGUUUUUCCUGGAGAGAAGUGGCUUCCUCGCUGCCCUUCUUGACACCAGGCCAUCCUCCAAAAGUCUUUGCCUCACUGUGCGUGCAGAUGCACUCACACCUGCCUGCUGCCAUUCCUGAGCAAGUUCUGCACUGGUGGUGCCCCGAUCCCGCAGCUGAAUCAACUUUAGGAGAAGGUCCUGGCGCUUGCUGGACUUUCUUGGGCGCCCUGAAGCCUUCUUCACAACAACUGAACCUCUCUCCUUGAAGUUAUUGAUGAUCCGAUAAAUGGUUGAUUUAGGUGCAAUCUUACUAGUCCCGUGUAGCUCAUUUGGUAGAGCAUGGCGUUUGCAACGCCAGGGUUGUGGGUUCGAUUCCCACGGGGGGUCCAGUAUGAAAAUGUAUGCACUCACUAACUGUAAGUCGCUCUGGAUAAGCGCGUCUGUUAAAUGACUAAAAUGUUAAAAAUGUUACUAGCAGCAAUAUCCUUGCCUGUGAAGCCCUUUUUGUGCAAAGCAAUGAUGACGGUACAUGUUUCCUUGCAGGUAACCAUGGUUAACAGAGGAAGAACAAUGAUUUCAAGCACCACCCUCCUUUUAAAGCUUCCAGUCUGUUAUUCUAACUCAAUCAGCAUGACAGAGUGAUCUCCAGCCUUGUCCUCGUCAACACUCUCACCUGUGUUAACGAGAGAAUCACUGACAUGAUGGCAGCUGGUCCUUUUGUGACAGGGGUGAAAUGCAGUGGACAUUUAUUAUUGGGAUUAAGUUCAUUUUCAUGGCAAAGAGGGACUUUGCAAUUAAUUGCAAUUCAUCUGAUCACUCUUCAUGACAUUCUGGAGUAUAUGCAAAUUACCAUCAUCAAAACUGAGGCAGCAGACUUUGUGAAAAUUAGUAUUUGUGUCAUUCUCAAAACGUUUGACCACGACUGUACAAACAAACAUUCACACACACACACACACACUAUACAAACAUACACACACACACACACACACACACACACCACACACUGUACAAACAAACAUUCACACACACACACACAAGCCACAAAUGAACUGUUCUGUACAUUAAUUUACUUUGAAAGGGUGUCAAGUAAUCCCAUAAGGGAUGGGUCGCAAAGGGCCAAUUGACACAAAAUAACAUGUAAUUCAUCCAUUUAUUAAUGUAUCUAUUAAUUCAGUAAUUCUCUCCAGCGGUGCUCCAGACACUGAGGGACUUAGUGUGGGUGUGUCCUCAGUGUGGAGACGCAGUGUGUUCAGCUCUGGAAGGAUGGGACGACAAGCUGCAGGACAGUCAGGUAGGUGUCUGUCUGCCUGUCCUCUCUGUCCUGUCUGUCCUGUCUGCCUGCCUGUCCUGUCUGCCUGUCUGUCCUGCCUGUCCUGUCUGUCUGCCUGUCCUCUCUGCCCUUCUGUCUGCCUGUCCUGUCCUGCCUGUCUGUGUGUGUCUCUGCCCUUCUGUCUGUCUGUCCUGUCUGCCUGUCUGUCCUGUCUGCCUGCCUGUCCUGUCUGCCUGUCUGUUAGGGUCGUGGGGCCUUGCUGUGGCUGCUUGGUGUAUGGGGACAGGGUGGGUUAGGCUUAGGGGGAGUUGUAAUGUAUUGUGUCUGUGUGUUUUAGGGUCGUGUGGCCUUGCUGUGGCUGCUAGGUGUCUACGGCGACAGAGUGAGUGGCGCCCCCUAUCUGCUGGAGGACUGUAUAGACGGCGUGAGGAGUGAGGUGUCAGCGGAGGUCAAGACAGAGCUGCUCACUGCAACACUACGACUGUUCCUAUCCAGACCUGCUGAGACUCAGGACAUGAUGGGGCGACUGUUGGCCUACUGCAUAGGUACAGAUCCACACUAGGGCUGGCCUACUGCAUAGGUACAGAUCCACACUAGGGCUGGUCUACUGCAUAGGUACAGAUCCACACUAGGGCUGGUCUACUGCAUAGGUACAGAUCCACACUAGGGCUGGUCUACUGCAUAGGUACAGAUCCACCUAGGGCUGGUCUACUGCAUAGGUACAGAUCCACACUAGGGCUGGUCUACUGCAUAGGUACAGAUCCACACUAGGGCUGGCCUACUGCAUAGGUACAGAUCCACACUAGGGCUGGUCUACUGCAUAGGUACAGAUCCACACUAGGGCUGGUCUACUGCAUAGGUACAGAUCCACACUAGGGCUGGUCUACUGCAUAGGUACAGAUCCACACUAGGGCUGGUCUACUGCAUAGGUACAGAUCCACACUAGGGCUGGUCUACUGCAUAGGUACAGAUCCACACUAGGGCUGGUCUACUGCAUAGGUACAGAUCCACACUAGGGGCUGGUCUACUGCAUAGGUACAGAUCCACACUAGGGCUGGCCUACUGCAUAGGUACAGAUCCACACUAGGGCUGGUCUACUGCAUAGGUACAGAUCCACACUAGGGCUGGUCACUGCAUAGGUAGAGAUCCACACUAGGGCUGGUCUACUGCAUAGGUACAGAUCCACACUAGGGCUGGUCUACUGCAUAGGUACAGAUCCACACUAGGGCUGGUCUACUGCAUAGGUACAGAUCCACACUAGGGCUGGCCUACUGCAUAGGUACAGAUCCACACUAGGGCUGGCCUACUGCAUAGGUACAGAUCCACACUAGGGCUGGCCUACUGCAUAGGUAGAGUCCACACUAGGGCUGGUCUACUGCAUAGGUACAGAUCCACACUAGGGCUGGUCUACUGCAUAGGUACAGAUCCACACUAGGGCUGGUCUACUGCAUAGGUACAGAUCCACACUAGGGCUGGCCUACUGCAUAGGUACAGAUCCACACUAGGGCUGGUCUACUGCAUAGGUAAAGAUCCACACUAGGGCUUGGCCUAACCCUGGCAUAGGUACAGAUCCACACUAGGGCUGGCCUACUGAAUAGGUACAGAUCCACACUAGGGCUGUCUAUGCAAGGUACAGAUCCACACUAGGCUGGCCUACUGAUAGGGACAGAUCCACACUAGGGCUGGUGCUAAGCAUAGGUAAGAUCCACCAAUAGGGGCGGCUUGCAUAGGUACAGACCACAUAGGGUGGUCUACUGCAUUAGGUCCAGAUCCCCACUAGGGCGGUCUACUGACUAUAGGUACAGAUCCACACUAGGGCUGUCUACUGCAUAGGUACGAUCCACCCAUAGGGCGGGUCCGACUUGCAUAGGUACAGAUCCACACUAGGGUGCGUCUACUGCAUAGGUACAGAUCCACACUAGGCCUCGUCUACGGCAUAGGUACAGAUCCACACUAGGCUGGUCUACUGCAUAGGUGACAGAUCACACUAGGCGCGGUCUUACUGCAUAGGACAGAUCCACACUAGGGCUUGUCUACUGCAAAAGGUACAGCUCCACCACUAGGGUGCGUCUAGCAUAGGUACAGAUCCACACUAGGGCUGGCCUUACUGCUAUUGAGGUUACAGUACACACUAGGGCUGGUCUACUGAUAGGUACAGAUCCACACUAGGGAUUGGGUCUACUGCAUAGUGUACGGAUCCACACGAGGGAUGUUACUGCAUAUGGUGAUAUCCACACUAGGGCGGUCUACAUGCAUAAGGUUACAGAUCCAACUGGGCUGGUCUACUGCAUAUAGGACAGAUCCACCAAGGCGGGUCUACUGAACUAGGUACAGAUCCACACUAGGGCUGGUCUAAUGCAUAGGUACAGAUCCACACUAGGGCGGUCUACUGCAUAGGACAGAUCCCACACUAGGGUGGUCUUUACUGCAUAUGUACCGAUCACAAGGGCUGGUCUACUGCAUAUGGUACAGAUCCACACUAGGGUGGCCUACUGACAUAGGUAAAGAUCCACACUAGGGAUGGCUACUGCAUAGGUAAGUCCACCUAGGGCUGGUCUACUGCAUAGGUACAGAUCCACACUAGGGCGGUCUACUGCAUAGGUACAGAUCCACACUAGGUGCCUACUGCAUAGACUACAGAUCCACACUAGGGCUGGUAUAUGCAAUAGGUAGAGAUCAACACUAGGGCUUGGUCUACUGCAUAGUAGGAGAUCCACACUUAGGGCUGGUCUACUGAUUAGGUACAGAUCCACACUAGGGCCGGUCUACUGCAUAGGUACGAUCCACACUAGGGCUGGUAUACUGACAUAGGUUACAGAUCCACAAUAGGGCUGGUCUACUGCAUAGGUACAGAUCCACACUAGGAUGGUAUAUGCAUAGGUACAGAUCAACACUAGGGCUGGUCUUACUGCAUAGGUACAGAUCAAAAAAUAGGAUGGGGGACCGUGGUUUAUGUGACUAUAUACGGUACUGAUGAACGGACCGUUGGGUUUUUAAUAAAAUUUAAAGGUUGUAAUGUUUGGUGUGUAAAGUGAUAAACAGUGUGUGUAACGUCAAUUUUAUAAGUUUACACUAAUGGAGUCAUAUAUAUAUAUCUAUUAUAUAUAUCUAUAUCUCUAUAUAUAUAUAGUAUAUAUAUUAUAUAUAGUAUAUCGAUAUAGUCUGUAUUAUCUCUCUCGCGCGCUACUCUCUAUCUCUCUCUCUGCUACUCGUCUCCUCUCUACUCUCUCUCGCUCUAGAUAUCGCUCUCUCUCUCUCUCUGUAUAUCUCUCUCUCCGCUCUCUGUCUCUCCUCACUCGCUCUCUCUCCGCUCUCUCUCUCGUCUUUCUCUCUACUCCGCUCUAUAUCUCUCUAUCUUCUCUUCCGCCUCUCUCUCUCUCUGUCUCUCUCUAUCUUUAUGUAGUGUGUGGUUGUUCUCUUGAUGUAGUGUUGUGUUUGUUCCUUAUGUAGUGUUGUGGUGUCUAUAUUAGUAGGGGGUGUGUGUUCGCUCUCUUUAUGGAGUGUUGUGGUGUUCUCGUAUGUUGUUGUGGAGUCUUCUUUAUGUAGUGUUGUGGUUGUCUUCUCUCUUUUAUGUAAGGUGUUGUGGUGUCUCUCUCUCUUAUGUAGGGGUUGUGUGUAUCUCUAUCUUUAUGUAGUGUUGAGGUGUCUCUCUCUCUUAUGUAGUGUGGUGGUCGAUCUUUUGUAGUGUUGUGGUGUCUUUUAUGUAGUGUGUGGUGUCUCGCUCUCUUUAUGUAGUGUUGUGUGUCUCUCUUUAUGUAGUGUGUGGGUCUCUCUUUAUGUGUCGUUGUGGUGUCUCUUUAUGUAGUGUUGUGGUGUCCUCUUUCUAAGUAGUGUUGUGGUGGUCUCUCUGUUAUGUAGUGUUUGUGGUGUCCUCUCUUAUGUAGUGUUGUGGUGUCUCUUCUUUAUGUGUGUUGUGGUGUCUCUCUUUAUGUAGUGUUGUGGUGUCUCUCUUUAUGUAGUGUUGUGGUGUCUCUCUUCUUUAUGUAGUGUUGUGGUGUCUCUCCUUUAUGUAGUGUUGCUGGUGUCUCUCUUAUGUAUGUUUGUGGUGUCUCUCUCUUAUGUAGUGUUGUGGUCGUCCUCUCUUAUGUAGUGUUGUGGUGUCUCUCUUUAUGUAGUGUUGUGGUUGUCUCUCUUAUGUAGUGUUGUGGUGUUCUCUUUAUGUAGUGUUGUGGUGUCUCUCUUUAUGUAGUGUUUGUGGCGUCUCUCUUUAUGUAGUGUGUGGUGUCUCUCUUAUGUGUGUUGUGGGUCUCUCUCUUAUGUAGGUUGCGGUGGUCUCUCUUUAUGUAGUGUUGUUGUGCUCUCGUUAUGGAGUGUUUGUGGCGUAUCUUCUUAUGUACAGUGUUGUGGGUGUCUCUCUUUAUGUAGUGUUGUGGUUGUCAUUUAGGUAGUGUGUGGUGUCUCUCUUUAUGUAGGUGGGGUGUCUCUCUUUAUGUAGUGUUGUGGAGUAUCUCUAUGUAGUGUUGUGGUGUCUUCUCUUUAUGUAGUGUCCUCUUUAUGUAGUGUGUGGUGUACUCUGUUUAGUGUUGUGGUGUCUAUCUUAUGUGGUUGUGGCGUCUCUCUCUUUAUGUAGUGGGGUUAUUUUGUCUCUCUUUAGUAUGUGUGGGUCUCUCUGUAUGUAGUGUUGUGGGGCUAUAUUUAUGUAGUGGUUGUGGCGUCUUCUUAUGUAGUGUUGUGGUCUCUUCUUAUGUAGUGUGUGGUGUUAUCUUUAGUAGUGUUGUUGUGUCUAUUCUUUAUGUAGUGUUGUGGUGUCCUCUAUUGUAGUGUUGUUGGUUGUUCUCUUUACGUAGUGUUGUGGUGUUUCUCUUUAUGUAUGUGUUGUGUGUCUCUCUUUAUGUAGUGUUGUGGGUGUUCUUCUUUUAUGUAGUGUUGUGGUGUCUCUCUUUAUUGUAGCUGUGUGGGUUCUCUAUUAGGUAGGGUUGUGGUGUCUCUCUCUUAUGUAGUUGUGGUGUAUCUCUCUCUUUAUGUAGUGUUGUGGUUCUCUCUCUCGUUAUGUAGUGUGUGUGUCCUCUCUCUCUUUAUGUAGUGUGUGGUGUCUCUCUCUCUUAUGUAGUGUUGUGGUUGUCUCUCUUUAUGUAGUGUUGUGGUGUCUCUCUUUUAGUAGUGUUGUGGCGUCCUAUUUAUGUAGUGUUGUGGUUGUCUCUCUUAUGUAGUGUGUGGUGUCUAUUCCUUUAUGUAGUGUUGUGGUGUGUCUCUUAUGUAGUGUGGUAAGCUUAUCUCUUUAUUGUAGUGUUGUGGUGUCUCUCUAUAUGUAAUGUUGUGGUGUCUCUCUUUAUGUAGUGUUGUGGGUGUCUCUCUUUAUGUAGUGUUGUGGUUGUCUCUCUUGUCGUGAUGUGUGUUUUGUCCUAUAUUUUAAAAAUUUUAUCCCCCGUCCCUGCAGGAGGCCUUUUGCCUUUUGGUAGGCCGUCAUUGUAAAUAAGAAUGUGUUCUUAACUGACUUGCCUCGUUAAAUAAAGGUUAAUAAAUAAAAAAUCGGCAAACAGCUAGUUUGUCUUUUCUUAGCAAGUUGGGCCGACAUCUUGUUAGCCGCUGAUGCUAAUCGCUAGCUACUGAGUCAGCGCAACGUAACUAGCUCUACAGCCUGAUAAUACCAGUGAUGGGCCAGCCAAACUCAGCUGGCGGACCGCGGUCCGGGUCCGGACCCAGAGAAGGGUCAAUUCGGACAUCAUCGCAUUUUGUUCAAUAAAAAUCAAUCCAUUAUUUUUAGACCGUAUGUUACUAUAUACCGGUAUUGAUGCACGGACUGGUUUGGGUUUUUUAGACAGCUCUUUAACUCAGCAACCUCUCUUUCUCACUCUCUCUCUCGAAGCCACGCCCACCUCUACUAGUGCCCCGUCUUAUCCAAUCGCGUGGUUAUAUGCAAAUACAAGAGGCCGCGUCUUACCCAAUCUCAUUACACAUUAAUCAAAAUAUCCUCCGCGGAACCUUGGGACAAGCAGAAAGAAACACAAAGAUUUGGCCGCGGUUCAACUGUAAAUAUCACAGAUAGAAGGAGCUUAGUUACCAGUAUCUUUGUUAAUAUGGCUUGUUAAAACAAACACAAAAGUUGACUCUGAAAGCCGUAUAUUCAAAGACGAGUGGACGGAACAGUAUUUAUUCAUUCUCCCCUCAACUAGCACCAAACCAAUGUGCCUGAUAUGCAGUGAGUCGUAUCUCUCCUGAAAGGUGCCCAUGUUAAACACCAUUAUGACACCAGACAUAGUAAACUGGAUCAGACACGGAGGUGAGAACAAACUGGAUUAACCAACUCAAAUCCCAAUAUGAGAGGUCCACCCAAGUCCUUGUCAAUUCCCUGACAGCCCAACAACCUGCAAUGGAGUGUUCACUGAGGAUAGCUUGGGUUUUGGGAAAACACCAAAAACAACAUUUUCAGACGCUGAGAUGGUAAAACAAUGCAUGUGUGAAGUUUGAUACCACUGUCAGAUUCCACAUCAAUUAACUUUUUGAGAGCAACAUCAUCCCUGCAACACCGCCUGCUACGAGGCAUUCUGACUGAGGCCAAUGCCAGCUAUGAUGACUUACUACAACAAUGUCAGAUGGCUCAGCAAAGGCAGGGUUUUGGAACGCUUUUGGGCCAUUCAGGAGGAAAUCAAAGCUUUCUUAUCAGAACUCAGUUUUCUGAGUUUUUGGAAGAUGAGGAGAAGAUGGAAACUGUUGCAUUUUUGACAGACAUUCCAUCACACCUUAAUCAACUGAAUGUUAAGCUGCAGGGACGGGACAACACAGUGUGAGAUAUGAUAACGGCAGUCCGGGCUUUCCAGAAGACAUUGGAGCUUUUCAAGAAUGAUCUCCAGGGAGAACUUGUCCCCAAUCUUCUGGCCCAAACGCAGGGAGACAAAGAUGUUCCCAACCAGGUUGGUUUCAUCCAGGAGCUGCUGGAGAACUUCAAGGCUCGCUUUGAUGACUUCACUGUUGGAGGAGAACUGCUGCUGCUCAUCCAGAACCCCUUAUUGGACACAAAUGUGACAAAGUUGUCAGAAGAAGCAAAACGGAUCUUCAGAUGGGUAGAUGUUGCAUCACUGCAAAUGGAGUUGAUUGAGCUGCAAGAAAAUGUGUCUUUGAAGGAGCCGGCUGGUGAUUGGCUUUGAAGGAGCCGGUUGGUGAUUGGCUCUGAAGGAGCAGGCUGGUGAUUGGCUCUGAAGGAGCCGGCUGGUGAUUGGCUCUGAAGGAGCCGGCUGGUGAUUGGCUCUGAAGGAGCCGGCUGGUGAUUGGCUCUGAAGGAGCCGGCUGGUGAUCGUGACCCCGUCCCUUUCUGGGGAAAGAUGGCGCCUGCAGCUGAUGUCCCUGUUCAGGAAACUGGCGCUACACAUCCAGACCAUGUUUGGCUCCACAGACAGCUGGCGCUACACAUCCAGACCAUGUUUGGAUCCACAGACAGCUGGCGCUACACAUCCAGACCAUGUUUGGAUCCACAGACAGCUGGCGCUACACAUCCAGACCAUGUUUGGAUCCACAGACAGCUGGCGCUACACAUCCUGACCAUGUUUGGAUCCACAGACAGCUGGCGCUACACAUCCUGACCAUGUUUGGAUCCACAGACAGCUGGCGCUACACAUCCUGACCAUGUUUGGAUCCACAGACAGCUGGCGCUAUACAUCCUGACCAUGUUUGGAUCCACAGACAGCUGGCGCUACACAUCCGGACCAUGUUUGGAUCCACAGACAGCUGUGAAUCAGCCUUCUCCACAAUGAACUUUAUUAAAAACAAAUACCGCACCAGGCUCACCAAUGAACACCUGCACCAAUGUCUCAGAGUUGCUCUCACACCAUUUGUGGAAAGUUCAAAGCAUUGGCAGGAGACAGAAAGUGUAAUUUCUCUCAUUAAUGCAGGGAAAGGGCCAGAGGGACUUAUACAUGAAUAUUGUAUGGCUCACAGUGAUGUUCUGUGCAUUCAGAUCAUUAUUUUUGUUCAACUCUCCUUUGUUCUCCAGAAAACAUGCACUUUAUUUUAUAUAUAUAUAUAUUUUUAUUCAAGGCCCAUGUACAGUGGUUCAGAGUGCACCUUUUGCAUAGACAAUUAUGCAACCACUUUUUGUUCUUCUGCAAUGUUGCACGCGUGUCGCCUUAGAUCAGCAUGUUGUUCAGGCAACAGUAUCUUCUGAAUCAGAGAGGAAUAGGCGAAGCGUGAAUAUGUUCGCUACAUGAAGUAGCUAAGAGAAAACAUUUAAUGUAGCCAAAGAUUGUGUCCCCCUAGGAAACACUUAACCGUUUUGGUUCCUAACCUGUCACAAUAACUCCCCCCUGGCAUGUUCAUUGGUUGUCAUGUCAAACAGCGCUGUAUUCAAAGUGUCCGCGAUUAUAUUCUACCUCCAUAAUGCCAUCAGUUCACUCAAGUGGUUUGCUCUAAAUCGCAAGUCAAAUCGCAAUUGCAACAUUUGGUCAAAAUGGCCUAUAAGUGUGGAAAUUAUCUCAAAUGAGUGCAGGAAAUGCUGAUUUUUUGUUGUUGUUGUGGGGGGUUGAAUAAAACAAUGAGAAUGUUUGUUGCCACCCUAGGGUCACGUACCAUUCAUAAAGCGAAUGUAUAACUUUUUUUAUUCAAAAACAUAAAAUACCGUCUCACAUUAUAUAUAUUUUUUAAAUACCGUGAUAUAUUUUGGCUUUAUCGCACAGCCCUAGAACACACACACUACUGCAUACGUACACACACUACUGCAUACGUACACGCACUACUGCAUACGCACACACACUACUGCAUACGUACACACACUACUGCAUACGUACACACACUACUGCAUACGUACACACACUACUGCAUACGCACACGCACUACUGCAUACGCACACACACUACUGCAUACGUACACACACUACUGCAUACGUACACACACUACUGCAUACGUACACACACUACUGCAUACGUACACACACUACUGCAUACGCACACACACUACUGCAUACGUACACACACUACUGCAUACGUACACGCACUACUGCAUACGCACACACACUACUGCAUACGUACACACACUACUGCAUACGUACACACACUACUGCAUACGUACACACACUACUGCAUACGUACACACACUACUGCAUACGUACACGCACUACUGCAUACGUACACACACUACUGCAUACGUACACACUACUGCAUACGUACACACACUACUGCAUACGUACACACACUACUGCAUACGUACACACACUACUGCAUACGUACACACACUACUGCAUACGCACACACACUACUGCAUACGCACACACACUACUGCAUACGUACACACACUACUGCAUACGUACACACACUACUGCAUACGUACACGCACUACUGCAUACGUACACACACUACUGCAUACGUACACACACUACUGCAUACGUACACGCACUACUGCAUACGCACACACACUACUGCAUACGUACACACACUACUGCAUACGUACACACACUACUGCAUACGUACACACACUACUGCAUACGUACACACACUACUGCAUACGUACACGCACUACUGCAUACGUACACACACUACUGCAUACGUACCACACUACUGCAUACGUACACACACUACUGCAUACGUACACACACUACUGCAUACGUACACACACUACUGCAUACGUACACACACUACUGCAUACGCACACACACUACUGCAUACGCACACACACUACUGCAUACGCACACACACUACUGCACACACUACUGCAUACGUACACGCACUACUGCAUACGUACACACACUACUGCAUACGUACACGCACUACUGCAUACGUACACGCACUACUGCAUACGCACACACACUACUGCAUACGUACACACUACUGCAUACGUACACACACUACUGCAUACGUACACACACUACUGCAUACGCACACACACUACUGCAUACGCACACACACUACUGCAUACGCACACACACUACUGCAUACGCACACACACUACUGCAUACGUACACACACUACUGCAUACGUACACACACUACUGCAUACGUACACGCACUACUGCAUACGCACACACACUACUGCAUACGUACACACACUACUGCAUACGCACACACACUACUGCAUACGCACACGCACUACUGCAUACGUACACGCACUACUGCAUACGUACACGCACUACUGCAUACGUACACGCACUACUGCAUACGUACACGCACUACUGCAUACGUACACACACUACUGCAUACGCACACACACUACUGCAUACGUACACACACUACUGCAUACGCACACGCACUACUGCAUACGCACACACACUACUGCAUACGUACACACACUUUACACAUUUAGUUUAUGACUUUAUUAAUAUGGGAAAUAUAUUUGGCAGGCUUCACAUGAACAACUAUCUGUGUGUUUCAGAGGAGGAGGUAGACAUGUGUGUACGUGACCAGGCCCUGCUGUACUACCGGCUGUUGCAUUGUGGGAUUGAGGAGGUCCGUCGGGUCCUCCAGGGUGGACGGCGGUCAGACCCCUCUCUGGGGCCUCUGAUUGGACGGCCCCCUGAGCCCAUCAGCCAAUGGGCAUCCAGGUUCAAUACCCUGGAGCCUCUAACCCUCAGAGCCUCUACCGUGGGGAACUCUGACCCCGCGACCCCCAACCCCUCCACCCUGACCUCUAACCCUGAACCCAUGACCUCUACGCCAGGAGACCCCCACCUCCCAGGUGAUAAUCUGUCUGCUUCGGCUGCUGGGAAGAACAUGUUUUGACAUCCACCACCUGCUCAGAGACCACGGAUGUGCGUAUGUCAUGUUUUCCUAAACAUCUCUCGUCCUCCCCCUUCUCCAGACUGCAGUAGUGGAGCUCUGAGUCUGUCUGUGUCUCCAGCUCUGAGCCCUGAGGAGUUUGAACGCCUGUGGCUGCAGCUGGAGAAGGGGGCGUGUCUGGAGGUGAGUGUGUGUGUGUGUGUGUAGAGGAAUUUGCGUAAAAGAGGAAAUUAGAACAAUUGUAUGAUACAAAAGCUAAUAUCGGCCAACACUCACUUGGUAUCGCUGCAACAUGUCCUGCUAGUGAUACACACAGAGAAACAGGAAGUUUCAUCACCUGUCAGUGUUAGUAUUACACACUGGGGGUGCCAGUUGGUUUCUGGGUCUGUUUUCUCUAGGUGUUUGUCACAGUGUGUGUCGUGUUAAUGACUAUUUGUUUAUUUGUUGUUGUUUUCUAGGUGUGUGUGGCGUGUCCUGUUCCCCGCUGUUCCCCGGAGAGCCUGCAGGUGGCACUACGGCUGGUCAACAUCCAGACGCUGGCCUUCACCCCCCCAAACACACACCCCUGGAGGGUGUACCUCUACACACACGCCUCACACACACACACCUCACACACACACACCUCACACACACACACCUCACACACACACACCUCACACACACACGCCUCACACCUCUCUACAACGCCACCACACACACUUAUACUGGCAGAACUACUACACACUGGAGGAGAAGGAGAGGGAGAGGGGGAGAAAGAGGGGGAGGGAGAGAAAGAGGGGGAGAGAGAGAGAGGGGGGGACAAAGAGGGGGAGGAAGAGGGGGAGGGAGAGAAAGAGAAAGAGGGGGAGAGAGAGGGGGAGGGAGAAGGAGAGGGGGAGGGAGAGGGGGAGGGGGAGAAAGAGGGGGAGGGAGAGGGAGAGAGAGAGGGGGAGGGAGGCAUGAUGGUGAUGAUGAGACAGCAUCCAGGAGACCAGACAGCUCUGAGAGGAUUCCUGUCUGUUCUGACUACUGUUCUACACACACUGUCCCCACACACAGCCUGAACACACACACACUGUCCCCACACACACACUGUCCCCACACACAGCCUGUCCCCACACACACACUGUCCCCACACAGCCUGUCCCCACACACAGCCUGAACACACACACACUGUCCCCACACACACACUGUCCCCACACACAGCCUGUCCCCACACACAGCCUGAACACACACACACACUGUCCCCACACACAGCCUGAACACACACACACUGUCCCCACACACAGCCUGUCCCCACACACAGCCUGUCCCCACACAGCCUGUCCCCACACACAGCCUGUCCCCACACAGCCUGUCCCCACACAGCCUGUCCCCACACACAGCCUGUCCCCACACACAGCCUGUCCCCACACAGCCUGUCCCCACACAGCCUGUCCCCACACAGCCUGUCCCCACACAGCCUGUCCCCACACACAGCCUCAACACACACAGCCUGUCCCCACACACAGCCUCAACACACACAGCCUGUCCCCACACAGCCUGUCCCCACACAGCCUGAACACACACAGCCUGUCCCCACACAGCCUGUCCCCACACACAGCCUGUCCCCACACAGCCUGUCCCCACACACAGCCUGAACACACACAGCCUGAACACACACAGCCUCAACACACAACAUUGAUGUGGUUCUUGUAAAAACAAUAAAAAUUAUGGAAUUGGAUACACUCUUUGGGUGUGUGUGUGGGCUAUUUGUUUGUGUGUGUAGUAACUGUUUACCAUGCCAUAUGCCAGGGAUCAUCAACGAUAUUUAGCCGUGGGCCACCAGUUGGGAAACCCUGUCAUAGAGCAGGCUGAAGCUGUCAGACAGACCAGUUCACUCAACUCUGACUAG